GCCCCCUCUUCGCCGCGCUCAUGAAUUGGGGGUAUUCUAUUCCCUGAAUUUGGGUGGGGGAAGCUAGGCGACCUGGGGUCGGCGCUUCUGGGGGAGAGGAGGGAGGGAGAAGGAGACCGUCGGGCGGGGGUCUCGGGGAGACACAAUGGGGAGGGCCGGGGUCCUCGGGCUCCGCGCCGCCGCCCCCUCCCGCCUUGUUUUUCUCUCUCUUGGUCCGCGAGGCGCUGCUGCCUGAGCCAUUGUCUAUCGAAGACACCCGCCCAGGGGCGGGCUGGGGCGGGCGCCCGCUCCGCAGCCCCCUGCGGGUUUCUCGCUCCCGACCCCGACUGCGUGGGGCGCAGGCAGCGGUUGCCACCCUGGGCCGGGACGGGGGCUGGGCGCCUAGAGCUGGGUUUGAAGGGGGAGGAGGGAGGGGUGAGGUGGUAGGCGGGUUGACUGCUCAAAUGGGGUUCUUUGCCCUGGAGCCUGACAGCGCCCAGGUGGCCCCCCAGAUUUAAAAUCUGAAGUGCACCAAAGAAACGCUGAUCAGCCCAUGAUGGAGGAGGGGCUGCAGAUGAGGAGGGGGUCUGGAAAAAGGGGUACGUUGUGGUUCCCAGCUCAAGGCGCAUGGCAGGGCUGGGGUGGCGGAGCCAUGCUGAGCUGGCUGACUGGCUGUGGGCAGUGCCGGCUGGGAAGGCAGGUGCCUGGGUCCUGGUCCAGCAGACCUCCAGCCACUCCUGUCCCCAGCCCUCCCCCAGGUCAGCCCCUUCUCGUCUCACCUCUCCAUCGCGGUGGAGGAGACCCUCCCAGCGCCUCGCGGGCCCAGAGAUCCUGAUCAAGGUGCAGGUGUAUGUGAGUGGGGAACUGGUGCCCUUGGCCCGGGCCUCAGUGGAUGUGUUUGGGAACCGGAUGCUGCUGGCCGCUGGCACCACGGACUCAGAGGGCGUGGCCACACUGCCCCUCAGCUACCGCUUGGGCACCUGGGUGCUGGUCACUGCUGCCCGCCCUGGCUUCCUCACCAACUCUGUGCCCUGGCGUGUUGACAAGCUGCCCUUGUAUGCAUCAGUCAGCCUCUACCUGCUCCCCGAGCGGCCGGCCACCCUCAUCCUCUAUGAGGACCUGGUGCACAUCCUCUUGGGCUCUCCUGGUGCCCGCUCCCAGCCCUGGGUGCAGUUCCAGCGCCGGGCUGCCCGCUUGCCUGUCAGCUCUACCUACAGCCAGCUCUGGGCCUCGCUCACACCUGCCAGCACCCAGCAGGAAAUGCGGGCUUUCCCUGCGUUCCUGGGCACAGACGCCUCCAGCUCAGGCAAUGGCUCCUGGCUGGAGCUGAUGCCUGUGGCUGCUGUGAGCGUGCACCUGCUGGCAGGUAAUGGGACAGAGGUGCCCCUCUCGGGCCCCAUUCACCUGUCCCUGCCUGUGCCCUCAGAGCCUCGUGCCCUUGCUGUGGGCACCAGCAUCCCGGCCUGGAGGUUCGACCCCAAGAGUGGGCUGUGGGUGCGCAAUGGCACUGGCGUGAUCCGGAAGGAAGGCCGGCAGCUCUACUGGACCUUCAUCUCCCCCCAGCUGGGGUACUGGGCGGCUGCCAUGGCCUCCCCCACAUCUGGGCUGGUCACCAUCACGUCUGGCAUCCAGGACAUCGGCACCUACCACACCAUCUUCCUGCUCACCAUCCUGGCAGCCCUGGCCCUACUGGUACUCAUUCUGCUGUGUCUGCUCAUCUACUACUGCAGGCGCUGCCUGAAGCCGAGGCAACAGCACCGAAAGCUGCAGCUCUCCGGUCCCUCUGACGGAAACAAACGAGACCAGGCCACCUCGAUGUCUCAGCUCCACCUCAUCUGUGGGGGCCCCCUGGAGCCCGCCACGUCGGGGGAUCCCGAGGCUCCGCCUCCAGGCCCCCUCCACUCGGCCUUCUCCAGUUCCCGCGACUUGGCCGCCUCCAGGGACGACUUCUUCCGCGCCAAGCCGCGCUCCGCCAGCCGUCCGGCCGCCGAGCCCGCAGGUGCCCGCGGGGGCGAGGGCGCCGGGCUCAAGGGCGCCCGUUCCGUCGAGGGUCCUGGAGGGCUGGAGCCAGGCCUGGAGGAGUACCGGCGGGGGGCCCCGGGGACCGCGACCUUCCUGCAGGAGCCGCCCUCGCCGCCGCCGCCCUUCGAGCACUACCUGGGCCACAAGGGGGCGGCCGAGAGCAAGACCCCCGACUUCCUGCUGUCGCAGUCGGUGGACCAGCUGGCGCGGCCGCCCUCGCUCAGCCAGGCUGGCCAGCUCAUCUUCUGCGGCUCCAUCGACCACCUUAAGGACAGCGUCUAUCGCAACGUCAUGCCCACCCUGGUGAUUCCCGCGCACUACGUGCGCCUCGGCGGCGAGGCGGGCGCAACAGGUGCGGGCGACGAGCCGGCCCCGCCCGAGGGCGCGGCCCCCGGCCCGGCGCGCCCUUUUCCCCAGCCAGACCCCCAGCGCCCGCUGAUGCCGGGCCACCCGAGCGCGGGGGGCGAGGGCGGCGGGGGUGGCGGCGGCGAGGGCUGGGGGGGUGGGCGCUCGGCACCAGUCAGCGGCUCGGUCACCAUCCCGGUGCUGUUCAACGAGUCGACCAUGGCGCAGCUCAACGGGGAGCUGCAGGCGCUGACCGAGAAGAAGCUGCUCGAACUGGGCGUGAAGCCUCACCCGCGCGCCUGGUUCGUGUCGCUCGACGGGCGCUCCAACUCGCAAGUGCGCCACUCUUACAUCGACCUGCAGGCGGGCGGCGGCGGCCGAAGCACGGAUGCCAGUCUGGACUCGGGCGUCGAUGUGCACGAGGCACGGCCGGCGCGCCGCCGGCCCCUGCGGGAGGAGCGGGAGCGCGCCGCGGCCGCCGCCCCGCCGCCCCCGCCCCCCCCGCCGCCGCCCGCGCCCCCGCGCCUGGCUCUCAGCGAGGACACGGAGCCGAGCAGCAGCGAGAGCCGCACGGGCCUCUGCUCCCCGGAGGACAACUCGCUGACACCGCUGCUGGACGAGGUGGCGGCGCCCGAGGGCCGGGCGGCUACGGUACCCCGGGGGCGGGGCCGCAGCCGCGGGGACAGUUCCCGCAGCAGCGCCAGCGAGUUGCGGCGCGACUCGCUCACCAGCCCGGAGGACGAGCUGGGGGCGGAGGUGGGCGACGAAGCGGGCGACAAGAAGAGCCCCUGGCAGCGGCGGGAGGAGCGGCCGCUCAUGGUGUUCAACGUCAAGUAGCCCCCGAGCCCGGCCUGGCGCCGCCUCCGGGCCGGGCCCCGCCCGCUCCACCUGGGCCCGCCCCCAGGGUGCGCGCCCCGGGGCUGUGCAGGGGUCCUCGCCCUUAGUCCCCCAGCCCCGGCCUGGAAAGACGCCCGGGGUGGGGCGGGGGGCUGCGGAGCUGUCCGGUGGUAUGUGCUGGUUCAUGUCUUGGGAGGGACCCCAGGUCUGCCUCCGAGAGGGAGGUGGGGGGGGGAGUCCAGAUGCCCUUUGGGAGGUGCUGGGGAGGCGGGCUGGGUGGGGGGAAGCAGUGCCUGUAUAAAUGUGGCUGUACAUAGAAAGCUCUAUCGUGGGAAAGCAGGAGGGGCAACCGGGCCUCAGCGGCCAAUGUGAGGGCUGGGAAGGGAGGGGGCAUUCUAGCGGUCCCCUGGGAGGGGAAGGGGUGCUGCUGGCUGACAAACCCACCCCUGGGCUAAGAGGUCCCAGGACUGGAGGCUGGGGCGGCUCUGGGAACUAGGGGAUAAUGGGAUGGGUUCGCUGUGGGCAACAGCAAAUAUAAAACUGGUGAGAUUAA